GAGAAGGGGCGAGGCUACGUCGCGACUGCUCCGGGGAGUCGGGGCUCCGGCUCUAAAGACUCCGGCGGUCAUGUCGGCGUUGAGGAGGCUGAGGCCUUUCCUUCGCGAAGGAGGCCGACGCUUUCUGGAGGGUAGGAGCGAGCAGACGGCUGGACGGGUCACUGGAGGAGUUCGACAUGGUGGAGGUGGUGUACACAUUGAACCCCGCUACCGGAAGUUUCCAUAUCUGAAAAAAUCUCAGGUGUUUAAAGCUGAGCUGUUAAGUGCUACAAUGUGGUUUUGGAUUCUCUGGCGUUUUUGGCAUGACUCAGAUGCUGUAUUGGGUCAUUUUCCAUAUCCAGAUCCUUCCAAAUGGACAGAUGAAGAAUUGGGUAUUCCCUUUGAUGAUGAAGACUUAGAGUAAUGUCAUCAGCACUACAAGUAGGUGCUGCCAAGCACCUCAUUUCCCAGUAAUUACAAUUACCACUUAAAUUUUAAAAAAUGUUUAAUUGAUGUUUUCUUUUUCAACAUCAUUGUCAUUUCACAAUAAAUAAUACUUACUCUC